UGCAGAAACCCAUAUGGGCACGUAGCCUCCACAGUGCAGGAGAGAACGCGUGUUCUGCAUUCAGAGAACAAGCUGCCCUCUUUACGCACCAGCCGCGUUUGGUGUGGAACGUAGUGACGUCCGCGUAGCAACCUGCGUGGAGACGAGGAAGCUUUAGUUUGUCAGGAAAGAUCAGAAAUGGCACAUAACCGUAGACAGAAAACCGUAACAGACAAAUAAGUGGUUCGUAACGAAGAUAACAAGAAAAGCAUGGGAUAUAUCCACUGCACCAUGGAGACGAGGAAAGUAAAUGUGACACCAGUCCCACGGUAUUCUCUCGCAGGACCUUUUAAGGGACACAUGAGUAUAAAAAGCAGCCAAGAAAAAUAAAGAAGCACAUUUUAACACGGGCCUACUGCCCUGGAUCUUCAAACAAACUUACUAACCAAUACAUGAUUCAGGAUCAUAUGAUGUUCCACUACAAAAAAGUACUCUCAGCCAAAGCUGCAGUGGACUCAACAGCACCAAAAAGCUUGCUAAGCAGUGUUAAAUAUAGUGACCAACAGCGAAGGGAACGCUUGAAGAAGAAGGUUAGCCAAUGUGAGACCAAGGUAAUUUCAGCCCAGACAGGAUUACAGAAGACCUCUACAAAUAACACCAGGCCUUCCUCUGCUGAUAUUGUUCAGAGCUGUGCAUCCUUGCAAGGCAAUGAUGAGGGGGAUUGUUUUCAUUACCUGGAAAGUCACCUGAUUUCAUCACCCAGAUUUGCAGCAUCAUGCCAUUCAUCACAAUUUUUGUGUCAAUCUAGCAGGAGCGGGCAAAAGGCUACAAAGCCUUUUUACCGCUCUUCUUCAGAAUCAGGUUUUAGAAGUCCCUUUACUAGAAGAGAACAUUCAACACAAUCUUAUACUUCUUCCAGUGGCAUUUUCAAAUCUAAGAUUUCAUACAAUUCUUUUCAUGAUCCAAAUCAAAAGACAUAUAGUGGUGACCUUUUACAAAAACAUUCUCAUUGCUUUACUGAAGACAAACCCUUCACUCCAAAGACACUGAAAAAAGAGACUAAGUCUUCUCUUUCACAGUACAGGUAUUACACUCCUCCUAGGAGAAAACCUGCAAAACACAGAACUCCUUUAAUGGUAAAUCAGGACACGCAAACGGAUAAUAAUAGUUUUUCUGAUAAUGUGGGCUCACCUCAAGAAAAAUCGAUUUUACCCCAGGAUUCCUUUACUGAUCAUGAAUGGUCAUUUGAAGAGCAUCUUAUUGAAGACCACUUGUCUUAUGAAAAUCUCAGCAAAAUACAAAAUACUGGAAUGGGCAAUACUGAUCAGUUAUAUUCUUUAUCAAGGAUUCCUCCAGAAAGGAUGAAAUCCCCAACCAUGAGAAAGGUCACUGCUGAGGAAGAAGAGCUGAGGUACCUUGAAUUUAUUGCAGAUGUAACAAAUGAAAUCUUGACAAUGGGAUUGUAUUCAAAUAGGGUUUUAGAGCGUGUUUUUGAGCGUCACUUUGAAAUGAACAAACAUCGAUUGGAUAACGAUAAAAUGCGCCAUCUUCUGGAUGUGCUGAGGCAUGACCUUGGUUAUACAUCUGAUUCCGUAGGGGUCAUUGUGGGCAAGACCAAGAGCCGUAAUGUUUUGUUUUCCAAACAUGUGCAGUCCAAUGAACAAGACACAACCAAUAUGAAAAAAAGUGAAAAUCAUACAUUAGUUGUAGAUUUAUCAAAGGAAGACUGUGGGGAAGACUGUUCUACCUGCACACCGUUAGAAUGUGAAGAACAGUCUUGCAGCACUGAUUUACCACAACCAGUAAAUGGAACUCAAGAAUUUGAAGAGGCAGGUGCUAAUAAGACUGAGAGUGAAUUAAUCCCAGGAGCGGUUGACAAACUGAGUACCUGUGAAAAUGACUUCAAAAACCCAAGGCAAGAGAUAACAAGAGAUAUAGAAGAUCUUGAAAAGAAUUUAGCAACAUCCUUGUUUGUAUCCAAUGAAAACAAUUCUUGCUGUGUCACAGACGACUCUUGCACAUGAGAUGUUAAGAGGAAUUGCUAGUUAUCUGACAAAGACUUAUAGUUUUAAACAGCGAGAAGUUAACAGUAUGACUUAAAAUAUCAGAUUGUUGUUACCUAUGGUCUGAGACACUGUCCCCUCCAUUGGUAUUCUACAGUUUUGUAUUAGGUAUUUUACAGUUGAUUGCACAGGAUUUAAUACUGUUUACAAUUUGCACAUUAAUUUCAUUCAGGAUAACCACACAUUUGACUGUGUGGAAAAGUUUGUAUUACUAAAAAUACACAUUACAGCAUAAAAAAAUCUUUAUUGUUUACAGGCUACUAUUUUUAAAAACUUGACCUACACACUGUACCCUUGCAUUGCAAUAUACUAAUGUCCUUUUUUAGAAAUUAAUAGCUGCUUGUGUUACAACAAAUAUUUGCUGGAUUUUUGAUCAUUCUUAAAGCAAUAAUCUUUAUUAUAAUUGUUGAGAUAGUAAUAUAAAGUUAACAUCUGUUUUCCUUUUUAUAAGGAUCAAACCAAAGAUUAUUCUAGUGUAUAUUAAAAAUCUGAAAAGGGGAAACCCACUUUUCUUAAAAUUACUAACAAUUCUCUAUCCACAUAUUCCAAGAUACUGACUUAAACCAAACAGAGUUACAUAAAAAUGUUUCUUUAGUGCAAUAUUUUUCAAUGCACAAUGUACUGCCAGUCAGCUAUCAAACAAUAAAAAUCUAACCUUUUA